CUUCACAGAAGUUUCGAUUUUCGCGUUGAAAAAUUCAAUAACCACCUAGAUAAAAUGGUUCAUUUGGCAAUUCUAAUGAUAUCCGUCUGCGCUGCAGAAUUCAUUUUGGGUGCAGCGGGUGCAUCAGCCACAGUUCCCUCGCCACAGCUGGCCGCGACGCCAAACGGAAUGGAAAGGAUAAAUAUCGAACGACCGAAACGGACAAUUGGAUCUAGCAUGGAUUUCAUUAGCUGUCUGGUGGUGGGAGAAACGCAGCAACGUUUCUGUUCGUACGACCAUGCUUUACUGCGAGCAGUCGAACAGGCGGCUACUGCCGGUAUUACUGCUAACGACCGGUGGCGACCAAACUGUUCCAAGGGACAGAUAUUCCGCAACCGCUGUAAUAUUUGCGAGUGUAGGGCGAACGGAACGUUGGCUUGUACCGUAGAUCUGUGUGUGGAGGAUUUCUAUGACGCCAAAGGUCUACCGAAAUACUGGUGAUUUGAUUUUGCGAUGGUCGUUUGCUGCUGGUAUAAGAAUAGUUUUAAUGUUAUGAAAAUUAGAGUAAUUUGAGCUGUCUUCCAUUAUACUUGUUUCCCUUGUGUUUGUUAGACAGUACUUAUUUCAACAGCCGCAAGCACACAGAUAACAGAUUCAUAUAUAUGCUAGAACAAAUCGAUUCACAAACAAUGUGUGAAGCAGCCAAGUAAACUUUAUUUCAUUAAUCAUCGUUGCAUAAGUGAAUGGGCGAUUUAUCAGUCACUUAAAACGACGCAAUAGUUACAUUUUUUACACACUUUGAAAACAGCACUGGUUCGUCUAUUAUCUGUGAACAAACGGAAAGAAAAUUGCAGAUGGAGUAAUGAUUUAUGGGUAGGAAAUUUUCAGGACGAGAUGUUCUAUAAUUACAGACUGCAUUGGCGUAGUGAUUUACAACUUCUUGCGAAUAAGUUUAAAGUAUCAGAAAUUUGUACCGAUUCAUUAUAUCACAACAAGACGUGAAUUGCAACGAUAAUCAAUUGUUAAUAUUUUGCCUAUGUCCUCAGGAAUGUGGUCAAGUUGAUUAAUGUGUUUAUGCAAAUUAUUUUUCACCCUUCGGUAAGCUUCAAAGCAUUCUGAAAUUCAGCCUAUAUCUACUGGUUUAUUGUAAACAGACACAGACAAAGCACUUUUUGUCUAAAAAAAGAUAAAAAGACUUUUUCAUACAGAAAAAGAGUUUUCAUACAGGAAAUUCACUUAAACUUCGGUAAGUCCCAUCCAUUUGAAGGUUAUGUGAAAAUCACAUAGCUCAGUGUUGCUAAUAGAGCGAGAACCCUGUGCAUGAAGCACAUUCUCGAGCGAGUGCGAGGCGUAUUCUAUCUUACUCGCACUCCUCCGCGCACGCUUAUGAGUCACUCACAAAAAGGUGCAUUUUAAACAAGAGUGGUGUUUUCUUUUGGAUACGAUGAGUGAGAGUCAGCAGGAGUAAACACUUACUGCGAGUGGGUUACUGCUGCGAGUCACCUCGCUCUAUUUCAAAUUAUGUCUGAUCGCUCGCCGAACGUCCGAAAUGUUGGAUACAAUAGCACUUGCCAUUCUUGCCACCGGGCUGGUUUGAAAGCUUGUUUGUGUUCUCUCUAGCCGAGUACUGUGCUCCUGUUACCUCUGUGUAUGAAAUUCAAGUUAAGUAUGGAUAUUUUUGA